GGCAGGGAGCGGGGCGGGGAGCGGAGCUGGAACUGAGCUCUCUCUGCCCGCCAGGCACGGCGGCCCGCCCGCGACCUGCGAGGGAGCCGCGCCCCGGAGCCCUCAGGCCGCUACUGUGUGAGAUUUCCCUCUCCAUCCCCCGCCACCACCCACCCACCCACCCACCCAGCUCCAUGGAAGCGCAGAGCGGCUCCAGCUCCAGCCGGGAUUCCCUGGUCAGCCUGACGGCGGGCGAUGUGCUGAUCCGCUCCACGGGGCCCCGCGGGGAGAAGCCCCCCGGCAGGGCGGUGAGGCUGGCGGUGCAGAAGCUCCGGGAGGGGCUCUGUCCCUGCCCGGCCCCCGGGGCGGGUUCGGCCGCACACGGAGCCCUCCCGGCCCUGUGCGGGGUGGGGACCCCCCGCACCCCCCUCAGCGCCGCUCCAGGAGUCCUCAGCACUACAGGAUAUCCAGAAAUUCUGCUUCCAGUGGAAGGUGCAGAGCCCGUGUUUUUAUCCCAAAUGGAUUUUCCUAGAGAAGCUGCAGUGCAGGAAGAUCCUUCACUUCUUCUGGAGGACAGCAGAGAACCUGAAGAUGAUGUUUUUAUUUCUCAAUAUGCUACUGGGCAGAAGGAGGCUCUGAGAGCAGUGUUAAAGCAAAAAGCUCAGAAUACUCCUGUACUUAAGGAGGUGAAGGUACAGCUCCUGGGAAAUGCCUCCACAGAGAGAAGGGAAGGUGUUGGACAUGACCCCGGGCCAGCACCCAGGGAAGUGGACUCUGCAACAACCAUUGCAGCAGCCACUGCUGCUGCCAUUGCCAGCACAGCCCCACUCCUCAAGGUCCAAAACGAUUUGGAAGCCAAAGUGAACUCAGUUUCAGCAUUACUUAAUAAACUGCAGGAGACAGACAGACACCUGCAGCGUGUGGCUGAACAGCAAACCCAUAUGAGGGCUCAAAAGGAGAAGCCCCACUGUCACCACAGAGUCAGUGAGCUGGAAAAACAAAUGAAUGCUUUCAUGGUGCAGCGGAUUCAGCAUCUGGAAAAGCUACAGGAGCAGCAGAUGAAUAUUCAGUCUCAUCUCCUCAGCUCUGCAGUGAACACACGUGGGUUCCAGCAGAGUCCUGUGCCCUCCUCCAGUCUCCUGACAAAGCAACCUGAGCAGCCAGAGCAGAGAUCACUCACUAACCAAGUGCCUUUGUCUCAGAGGGGUUUGUUUCCUACCAGUGAUGCUCCUGCCCAAGCAUUUUCAAGCCAUUUUGCAAGUAAUGGGAUUCCUACACAAACAUCUCCUCUGAAGACACCAGUUCCUCGCAGGUGUGCCCCAGAGCCUGUAUCAAAAAAUGGGAGAAUCUCACAGAAAGAAAACUCUGGGAUGGAAAAGGAAAAUAUUCCCAAAGCUAAAAGUGAAGGUGAAAGGAAACUUCUGGAGCAUAUUCGAAGUUCUCAAGAAAUGCCACUGAGGCAAAAUGAGUAUUCCAAGAAAACAGCAUUAAACAGCAAUGAAAUGAGCUGGCUUUCUGAGAGGGACAGGCACAAUGCUUUGCAUACAGAGCCAGUCCCUGCUUUUGAAAGCUACAGUUCAAUUGAGAAGACAGUGAAAAAAGCAGAUGAUUUAGUUCAAGACCUUGGCCAGUUGAGAAGAGAAAUGCACAACAUGCUCCAGGAAGCAAAUUCAUGGAAAUCUGACAUGAAUGAUCUUAUUAAGUCCAAAAGUCCCACUGUUGCACCUGAUCCUCCUGAACAUCCUCUGCUCAGUAGACCAUCCAUCCUUCAAAAUAUCCAAGUGCCCAAAUCCAUCCUGAGGGAUGCUGAGAGGACUCUGAGAGGAGUUCAAAACAAUAAGAAAUUUCUCGAGGAGAAUCUGGAAGCUGUCACUCGUGCAAAGGAUGGAGAUGCCACAUAUUCCUUCAUUAACAGCUUGACUGCAAACAGAGAUGUAUUGGAAGAGAUCCGUAUCAGGAGGGCUGUGGACGAGUGGAUCCAGGCAAUCAGUGAAGAAAUCCAGGCUGAAAUGGCAAGAAAUGACUCAGAACAAGGGAAAUAUGAUCCAAAACUCCCAUGGAUCAAGAGAGCCCAAAACCUCAAGGCUAUGAAGGCCAAGAAAGAAAUGAAAGCGAAAACUCAACAAAUCCAAGGUGGCUCGACAAAGAUGCCUCUGUGUGCAGCUAAGCCAUUGCAGAGGCAAGAGGAAGAUAACACCAGGAAACAGAGGCUUAGAACUUACUUUCCUGAAGGUUUGCAGAGGAGAGAAGGAAGGGCAGAUGGCCCUAGGAGUGGAAGUGCACUGGUACAAAAUGAAGAUUAUCUGUGUCGAGUUUAUGGGAAACCAAUUUACCAGGGCCAUCGCAGCACCCUCAAAAAAGCCCCAUAUCUGAGGUUCAACUCUCCCUCUCCCAAAUCCAAACUUCCAAGGCCCAAGCUGAUAGAGUAUGUUAAAGGUACAAAGGUUAAGUCAGCAAGAACCCAGACUUCUUCUCACACACAGAAGGUCAUCACCAGCCCCAGGAAACAGCAUCCUGUGUAUGCUCUUGCCCAGGAAAAUCAGUAUGUCUUCAGUCCCAGUCAGGAUGUGCCUCCUGCCUAUGGUCCCCUUGAAGGUCACCUCAUUCCCAUGGCUAUUCCACUAGGUCAGACCCAGAGCAGUACAUCCCUGCAGCCUGCUGGGAUCAUCAUAGACAAGCCACACCCUGUCACAGUUACAACCUCCCUCCCUCAAGUGCCAAAACCUCCAGUUGAGGUAAAAAAACCAAACAUAGCUGUGAUAGAGAUGAGAUCAGAGAAAAAGGAUCCACCUCAGCUCUCUGUGCAGGUGUUACCAAAUGUGGACAUUGACAGUGUUUCGAGUGACAGUGUGAGUGUAAACCAUGUUCUUCCAGAUUCUGAACCUCUUCUUCCUCCUGUGGAUGCUGUAAUACAGACCCCAGAAGAUAUACACAGUGAAGACACAGAGUUUCCAGGAACUAAUUUCGUUGAUGUCACUGAUGUCAUGCAGGAUCAGGAAGAAGAGAGGGAUGAAAUUCCAGAGUUCUCUGAGCCUCUUCUGGAGCUUAAUGGCCAAUUUAAAGUUGCCUCACCGAAAUACAACGGUCCUUUGUUUCCUCCAGUGGCUUCUGCCCCUCAGCAGCCUGCUGAUGUUUUGGAUGAACUGAUUCAAAGGAGAGAAACCAUCGAAAACAGGCUGAUAAAUUGGGUGGAACAGGAAAUAAUGGCAAAAAUUAUCAGUGGGAUGUGUCCAGCUCAGAAGGAAACAGUACCCAGUGUCAGCACCUCGGAGAGUGGAGACGAGGAGGUUGUAACCCCUGACAUUGUUGAAGUUGCAGGUGGAGGAGGAUUUCAGCUCUUUGUCAACGCUGGUGUCCCUGUGGACUCAGAAAUGAUAAAUCAUUUUGUAAAUGAAGCUCUCAGUGAAACAAUUGCCACCAUGCUGGGUGACAGUGAGGCUCAGAGAGCAGUUCCUGAUCCAAAUGUUCUUCUGAGCACAGUGACUAAGGUGGAGUCUCCUGUGCCUACGCCACUGCCAACCCCCCAGGCCACACCACCACCAACACCACCUUCAGAAAAGGAACUGCCCCCAGUCAAAACUCCAGAGUCAUCUCCAUCUCCCACAGAAAUGAGCAGGGAUGUUCAUGAGAGUGAAAAACCUAAAGAAACAGGAGUUGGGAUUCCAGCAGCCACGGGCCGUGUUGGCACACCCGUGGUUACCCCUGUCAAUACACCCACAGCAACCACACCCAGCCCUCCUGCCUCAGAGGGGGGCUCCCACGCAGCCAAAAUGGAAAGUCCAAAGGCUCCAAACCCGUGGGAUGGUGCUGAACUUCCUCUGGAAGAAGAAAAACCCAGUCCUUUAGCUGAGGAACCCUUCCGUCCCAAGGCCAUUGAGAUGUCAGUGGCUAAUGAUGAGGAACCAGAGGCCUUGAUUUUACCAUCCCCACAGCCCUCAGCGAGGCCCCCGGAGUCACUUCCAAGCAACCUCCAGGUUCCAUCCCCUGCACCUACAGUUAGUUCUGGAGUGUCCACACAGGAAAGCAGCAUCACCCCCACAGAAACUGAAACUACAGACAGACCCAUCUCAGAAGGGGAGGUGCUCUUCAGCUGUGGACAGAUGCUGGCUGCAGGAGCAGAAGGAGGACUGUCUCUUCCAAACCUCACUGAGAGCUUAUCCAGCACUUUACGAGAUGCCAAUGAGAUGGACAGAGCUGUGAUAUAAAUGAUAGUUAACAAUUAAGUUCAACAAGGAGAAAUGCCAUAUCCUGCUCCCAAGGAGAAACAGCUCCAUGCACCAGGACAUUUUGGGGGCUGACUGGUUGGGAAGCAGCUUUGGGGGAACAAUCUGGGAAUCCUGGUGGACAAGGUGAAUGGCUCAGCCAUUGAGGCAGAGAAGGCCACCACCAUCCUUUGCUGCACUGGGAAGAGCAUUCCCAGCAGAUCCAGGGAGGUCCUUCCUCUUUCCUCAGGACUGGUGAGACAGCAUUUGGAGUAUUGUGUCCAGUCAUGGGCUCUCCAGUAUAAGAAAGAUAAGGAUUUAAUGGAGUGAGUCCAGCAAAGCUCUGCAAAAAUGAUUCAGGGAUUGGUGCAUCUGUCACACUGAGAGAGCUCAGAUGGCUCAGCCUGGAGGAGAGAAAGCUCUGAGGGGAUCUUACCAGUGUGUAUAAAUACCUGGUGAAGAGAGGGAAGGAAGACAGAGCCAGACUCUUCUGCCUGGUGCCUGGUGAAAGACAGGAGGCAGUGGAUACAGGUUGAAAUUCAGAAAAUUCUUUUUAAAUAUGAAAAAUGUUUUUACUUUGGGGGUAACCCAGCUGAAAGAACUGCCUUGAGCAGCUGGGAUGGACCAGACAAUCUCCAGAGGUCCCUUCCAAGCUCCAUAAGGCAAAUUUAAUGUCCUAAAGUAGGAGUCCACCUCUCUUCUCCCUGCCUCUCCUUCCUAAACAUUUCUACACAUACAUGGCCAUACUCUGCCUGUGCAUGUUUUCCCAUUUAAUAUCUGUGUUUUCAUUCACGCCAUAGAAUCAGAGAAUAUCCUGAGUUGGAAGGGACCCACAAGGAUCAUUAAGUCCAACUCCCUCAGCACAGGACACCCCAAAAAAACCCAACUGUAAUUGUGAGACUGUGCCCAGAACUUGCAGACUUUUAAAGCCUCCUCUGUCUGCCACACUUCCUCUCUUAAACUCUGGGCUUAAGACUCUUCAUUAUCAGGUGAACUU